AUGUCGUCCCUCCCGGUCCUGAUGCGCGCGGCUCCCGGACAGAACUACCCCCGCACCGGGUUCCCUCUGGAAGUGUCCACUCCUCUGGGUCAGGGCCGGGUCAACCAGCUCGGGGGGGUCUUCAUCAACGGCCGGCCGCUGCCCAACCACAUCCGGCACAAGAUCGUGGAGAUGGCGCACCACGGGGUCCGGCCCUGCGUCAUCUCCCGCCAGCUGCGCGUGUCCCACGGCUGCGUCUCCAAGAUCCUGUGCCGGUACCAGGAGACCGGGUCCAUCCGGCCCGGGGCCAUCGGCGGCAGCAAGCCCAGGCAGGUCGCCACGCCGGACGUGGAGAAGCGGAUCGAGGAGUACAAGCGGGACAGCCCCGGCAUGUUCAGCUGGGAGAUCCGGGACAAGCUGCUGAAGGACGGGGUGUGCGACCGGAGCGCGGCGCCGUCAGGUGAGGCCUCCUCCGUGAGUUCCAUCAGCCGCGUGCUGCGGGCUCGGUUAGGGAAGAGGGAGGAAGAGGAGGAGUGUGACAAGAAGGAUGAAGACGGAGAGAAGAAGAGCAAACACAGCAUCGACGGCAUCCUGGGCGACAAAGGCGGCCGGAUGGACGAGCUGUCGGACGUGGAGUCGGAGCCCGACCUCCCGCUGAAGAGGAAGCAGCGCCGCAGCCGGACGACGUUCACGGCGGAGCAGCUGGAGGAGCUGGAGAACGCCUUCGAGAGGACGCACUACCCCGACAUCUACACCCGGGAGGAGCUGGCCCAGAGGACCAAGCUCACCGAGGCCCGGGUCCAGGUUUGGUUCAGUAACCGAAGGGCCAGGUGGAGGAAACAAGCGGGAGCCAAUCAGCUGGCGGCGUUCAACCACCUGUUGCCGGGCGGAUUCCCUCCCACGGGGAUGCCGACACUUCCUACAUACCAGCUGCCAGAGUCCAGCUACCCGUCCAACAGCCUGUCCCAAGACGGCGGUGGUACGGUCCACCGCCCCCAGCCGCUGCCUCCGUCCUCCAUGCACCAGAACGCAGACGGCGGCUCCGCCUACGGCCUGGCCUCCAACCGCCACGGCUUCUCCAGCUACUCGGACUCCUUCAACAACCACGUCAACCCCGUCAGCAACGGACUCUCCCCCCAGGUGAUGAGCAUCCUCAGUAACCCCGGCGGCGUCUCCUCACAGCCUCAACUCGACUUCUCGCCGCUCCACAGUGCCUUGGACUCGCCUCCACCCAACGGCGCCGGCUGCAGCCAGCGGGCGGCCGAGGCCUCCAUCAAGACCGUGGACAGCCUUCCCUCGCCGCAGUCCUACUGCCCCUCCACCUACAGCACCGGCGGCUACAGCAUGGACCCGGCCGCCGGCUACCAGUACAGCCAGUACGGCCAGACGGCGGUGGAUUACCUGGCGAAGAACGGCGGCCUGUCCAGUCAGCGCCGGAUGAAGCUGGCCGACCACUCGGCUGUACUGGGCCUGCUGCAGGUGGAGACGGGUCAGGCCUACUAGGACCUGAGACGGGCCAGACAUGCAUCACACACCUGACCAGCACCACCCACACCUCCCAGAGACCGUGUGUGUGUGUGUGUGUCAUAGACUAUACAGUGCUGAUAAUUAGCUUUUUUUAUACUCUAUUCUAUGAAAGUGCUCCCCCGGUGGUUCAGGACUGAAUGACAUGUUGAACAUUCCCCAUAGGACCAACCGAAUCCACAAAGAGGGUUCACUCUGGAACACAAACGUGUUUUUGUAUCCGUUGUUUUUAUUGCACUACAUUUUGUACGCAGCGCUGGUGAAUUCUAACUUAACUGAAUAACUUUGAACUAUUAAUAUAAACAAUUACUUUAAGCAAAGUAUUUUGGACUGGGUGUAAUCUAUUGCUAUUGCUAUUUUUAUAUAUUAGACUAAAACAGCUUUUCUGUGGGUCGGCCAACAACAACAACAUUAUGUAUGAUGUCAUCAUAUAAUAUGAUAUAGUGUUGAUUUCUGUCUCAGUUCACGGCUCACAGAGAGGAUCCCCGUCGGUUUGGAACUAUAUGGUUGAUAUUACACCUCAUGCAUUCUGAACCAUGACGGAGACGCAGUCUCUCCAUCGCUGAGCUUCACUCAUAUUUCAUAUCAGAUAUAUUUCUGCUUGUGUUGUCAUGUGGUUUGAUUACAGCGGAUGAAUUCUACCUCAGAUGCCAGUGUGUUGUACUUGUGAGCGCACACACUGCAUCACGGAUGAGUGCUGAGGAUUUAAACAACUGACGGUCAGUAGCACAACAAUAUUUAACACAUAAGGCGGCGGCGGCUCAGAGCUGGAGAAGAUCCCUUGAGCUGCAGAGACUCACCUGCAGUCUGUCAGGCUCAGUGUGAUGUCACCGCAUGCAUUAGGCUCCGCCCCCUGUACCCACAGAUCCCAUGAUAGGGCGGAUAUAGUGAGAGUUAGAAAACAGGUUAUGAGGUUGUGACCCUCGUUCCAAAAGCCCAGUGGGAGGAGCCACAUGCCUGUUGAAAGAGGAUGUCAAGUGCGUGCCUUAUGUACUGUAGGCGUUGCACGCAUAUGGGGAGGCACGUUCUGAUUGGCCGGCUACGCUAACGCUCCCAGUUGGGCCAUGUGGGGACCCAUCGAGUCCAGUGGUGGGCUCGGCUUGUGCUCAGAGAACUAGGGUUACAACGUCCAGACCUGGUUUUGUUCACUUCAUUAAAACCUCCAAACAGCAUCACCCUCAUCAUUCAAUGUGCUAAUGAUGAUAAUAUUAAUUUAACAAUAAUGUGAAUAACUGCAGGAAGAGUUGCAUUUUAUUCACAGUGGUGAAAGAAACCUGGAAAUAAUGAGUGAAAACUGUUUAAUGUCUUCACGAUAGAAACAGAGUCAAUGAUUUGAACACCAGCUUCACGUUGUGUUCAUAGAACACGUCAAAUCAUCACGUGAUUCAACGUGACAGUGUGCAUCCAAUCGAUUCAGAAUCAAUUCAGAACAUGUUUAGAGAUGCAUUCUCUUUUUGACACGUCAACCUCAAACAUGUUGAAACCUCCACUAAAGCGUCACUAAAGCUCACAAAGCAUUCCCUUGAGGAUGGAGUGUGGCUCGGCUCAGGAGAGGAACCACGGCGGUCCAAAGACCCCACAGCAGCUCGUAUGAGCGCCAGUUGAAACCCCUUCAGGGUUAAAGUGCAGGAGGAACAACAGAACCAUUCCCAUCGCAUCAUUCCAGACCACAGGGGCACCGACCCGAUUUGUUUACUUAUCUUUCCUUGUUCUGUAUUCGGCUGUUUUAGCCUUAUUCCUUGUAUAUAUUUUUUCACUAACAAACAAAGGAGGACAUUAUGAAUAAAAUGUACAGAUAUGCUCAUAUCCGUCUUCCUCUUGGUCCUCUUCUGUUUGGCAUGUACAUUACCAGCGUAUAAUUUAUUCUACCGUAUGAAGUAUUAGACUAGAGACACAUCUGUAUCGGCAUUUAAUCCUCAGCCUCUUGUUGUGUAACACUGGCGUAACGUUUGUUCAUUAAAGCUUUACAACUGGA